CUUCAAUGUGAGGCCAGAGGUGCGAAGGGCCAGGGUCCACAUCCGCGCCCCGCCAUACGCCGCGCUAUACAUCAUCCCGCCAAAACACCUUUUUUCCUCCCAAAUAGCCUCAACCAAAUCUUUGCCCUCUUCUCUUCCCUCACACCACGAUUCCACUGAAACCCCCAUUGACCCUCCCACCACGCAAUCAUGUCGUCCUCUCUUGAACAGCUCAAAGCAACCGGCACGACCGUCGUCUGCGACUCGGGCGACUUCGCCACCAUUGGCAAAUACAAGCCGCAAGACGCCACCACCAACCCCUCGCUCAUCCUCGCCGCCUCGCAGAAGCCCGAAUACGCGCAGCUCAUCGACCAGGCCUGCGCGUACGGCAAGGAGCACGCCAAGGGCAUCGAUGCGCAGGUCGACGCCGCGCUCGACAACCUGCUCGUGCAGUUUGGCAGCGAGAUCUUGAAGAUUGUGCCGGGCAAGGUGUCGACGGAGGUGGAUGCGCGCUUUUCCUUUGACGUCGAGGGGAGCGUGGAGAAGGCGCUGCAUAUCAUUGAGCUCUACAAGGAAAAGGGCAUUGACAAGUCGCGCGUGCUCAUCAAGCUCGCCUCCACCUGGGAGGGCAUCAAGGCGGCCGACAUCCUGCAAAAGAAGCACGGCAUCAACUGCAACCUGACGCUCAUGUUCUCGCUGGUGCAAGCCAUCGGCGCCGCCGAGGCGGGCGCCUUCCUCAUCAGCCCCUUCGUCGGCCGCAUCCUCGACUGGUACAAGGCGAGCACCAAGAAGGAGUACAGCAAGGAGGAGGACCCGGGCGUCAAGUCGGUGGUGCAGAUCUUCAACUACUACAAGAAGCACGGCUACGACACGAUUGUCAUGGGCGCCUCCUUCCGCAGCCUCGGCGAGAUCACCGAGCUGGCCGGCUGCGACUACCUCACCAUUGCGCCCAACCUUCUCGAGCAGCUGUACAACUCGCAGGAGGCGGUGCCGCAGAAGCUCAAGUCGGCGGAUGCCAAGUCGCUGGACAUUGAGAAGAGGAGCUACAUCAACGACGAGGCCAAGUUCCGCUUUGACUUCAACGAGGACCCCAUGGCGGUGCACAAGCUGUCGGAGGGCAUCAGCAAGUUUGCCGCCGAUGCGGUUACGCUGAAGAAGACGCUCAAGGAGAAGAUUGAGAAGUUGUAGAUCAGUGGGAUUGAUUGAUUUGGGAGACGUUCAGAUUGAUCGUUCGCUGUGUGGAUAGACUAUCGCAAAAAACAAGGACGGUGUUGUCUUCACUCCUGAUAAUGAUAAUCACCUGCCCAGGCAAGACACAGUUAAUCAUUGCUCAUCCUUUGACUUUUCGCGGAGAGCGAUGCCGCUUCUCAUUUGUCCGGAGGGGCUGACGGCAGGGCCAUGUCACGUCAUGGUGGGGGCGGUUGCCCCAAGUGCCCCUCCACUCCAGUUGUCGAGGGGAAAAGGGAAAAAGGAUUUGCUCGACCUCGACCUUCCGACCACCAACUCCAU